UUUUCUUUAGGAGUUGCUGCAAUCGGUGGUGCUUUUACUGAACAAAUUCUUCAGGAUAUGGCUGCUUUAAACAAACGCCCUAUUAUUUUUGCUCUCAGCAAUCCUACCAGCAAAGCAGAAUGCACUGCUGAGCAGUGCUACAAAUAUACAGAGGGACGUGGCAUUUUUGCCAGUGGAAGCCCUUUUGAUCCUGUCACUCUUCCAAGCGGACAAACUCUCUAUCCUGGACAGGGUAACAAUUCCUAUGUGUUCCCGGGAGUUGCCCUUGGUGUUAUUUCGUGUGGACUGAAACAUAUUGGCGAGGACGUGUUCCUCACAACUGCUGAGGUAAUAGCUGAGCAAGUUUCAGAGGAGAAUUUACAGGAGGGUCGUCUGUACCCUCCCUUAGUCACUAUUCAGCAAGUGUCGCUGAAAAUUGCUGUGAGGAUCGCAGAAGAAGCCUAUAGGAAUAACACUGCCUCCACCUAUCCUCAGCCCAAGGACCUAGAAGCCUUCAUCCGCUCUCAGGUUUACAGCACCGAUUACAGCAGCUUUGCAGCUGACUCCUAUACCUGGCCUGAAGAAGCCAUGAAAGUGAAACUGUAAAUAUUUAAUGAAGAAUGAACAAACUAGCAGCACUUAAAAAGCAUUAAAAUAUUCAGAAUAUUUCUGCCUAGGAAGCGCAAGAACAGCUAAUUUUUUAAGAUGCAGAAAAAUUUUUCUAAAUUGUAAUAUUUGGUUAGAAAUGCCAAUCAAGAAACUGUAUUAAUUAUACAUCAGAAAAUAAAAAUUAAUCUGAGAAAUA